CACCAUUACAACCACCUUUGCUAACCCUUUUCAUUUGUGUCAGUUGCUAUCAGUUAAGGAGAAGCAGAUGGUUUGGUUUAAGUCAUUUGGUGUUUGUUAGCUACUCAGUUGACACAAAUUCAGAACCAAGCCCAAACCAUGCUAGUCACCCCAAGCAUGCAUAUAGGCUCAAAGCCUAUAGUCAGACCCAAUCCGAGCAUGAACCCAACAGGCCCAAACCAGAGAACAAUCCAGUCAACCCAAAUUCAAUGGACCACUUGAAUCAACCAUCCCAACUAACAAACAGAACAAUCCCACAGUCAUUAAUUAAGAGGUCUAUACUUGUUUAAUUAUUAGGGACACACUUGUAAGCCCACUUCCAAGGCAUGUUUUAUAUAUGUCUUAUGUUUGUGGAUGGAGGAAAUGGAGAUACAACAGACGACCAUUACCAUCGUUACAUGGUAAACAUCUCCCUUCCUUUUCUAUAUGAGGAUUUCCUCAUCAAUUAAACUCAAGAUGUAUUUUUCGAUGUAGGAAGACAUAGAGUUUGAUGCAUUCUCUUGGUAUAAAUGCUUUCCGUUUCUCAAUUAGCUGGGCAAGAAUAUUACCUUGUGAGUAAGAAAAUUUUCACUUCAUACUAGUAUUAGAUUUUUUUAGAACAUGCUAUUAAUUUUCUUAAACAAUCUCGGGUGGAAGAACCGGGGAAGUCAAUCCUACUGGAAUCAUGUUCUAUAACAAGCUUAUAGAUGCUCUUAUACUCAGAGGCUGAUGUAUUUUUAGCCCCACUGAUCAAUGUUGCCACUCCAAGGUUCAAUAUUGAAAUGCUAAAGUUUUUAACUAUUUAUUUUAUCUUCGUUUUUUCCUAUUCUUCAUAAAUAAUUUGAUGUCUUAGCCUCCUGUCAUUACCAGCUAGUUUUGUCACUAUUUGUACAAAUGUCAAUCUCAUGAGUCUUACUUUUUGUAAUUUUCUUACCCUUGUAGUGAUUAUCAAAAGCAGUGGGCCAUCAUUGAAAGUUUACGCUUGUAGUGAGUCCAGUGGGUAUCUUCCACUAGAGUAUGCCAUGCGUGGGCAUCUGACGGAAAAGGCGGAUGUGUUCGGAUUUGGGGUUGUCGCACUUGAGAUUCUUAGCGGAAGGCCCAAUGCAGAUACAAGCUUGGAUCAAGAUAAGAUAUAUCUCCUUGAAUGGGGAAUGGCCGUGGUUGCUCUUUUAAGGCAUUUUGGAUGCCCUUGCUUGUAAGGUUGGAGGCUUACAUUGAUUAAAUGGUUAUUUUUUUAAUGAGGAUUUGCUAUUCAUUUUGAAAAGCAGGAUAUAUUUCUGACAUGUCUUCCUUCAACCAUUUUAUUUUUAUUUUAUUAUUUUUUUGAAGCUGGGAA